AUGAGUCAACCAUGUUUUUCGGGAUACUUUGUGUGGUUAAUUUUGUUGCAGAGAGUGCUAACGCAGUAUUUACCAACUUGGGAGAGUUUGGAUUCUAGGCCGCUGCCUUUGUGGUAUGAUGAAGCAAAAUUUGGAAUUUUCAUUCAUUGGGGAGUAUAUUCAGUGCCAAGUUUUGAAUCUGAGUGGUUUGGGGAGCUUUGGAAAGCAAAGAAGAAUAGUGUUGUUUCAUUUAUGAAUAACUACCCACCAAAUUUUACUUACAAAGAUUUUGGGCAACAAUUUACUGCAGAAUUCUACGAUCCUCUCGCCUGGGCAAACAUUUUUGUGAAGUCUGGCGCCAAGUAUGUUGUAUUAACAAGCAAGCAUCAUGAAGGAUUCACUCUUUGGCCUUCACAGUACUCCUUAGGAUGGAAUUCUAUGUCAACUGGUCCUCAUAGAGAUUUAUUAGGAGAACUUGCAGAUGCAGUUUGUUCGAAUACUGAACUAAAAUUUGGUCUGUAUUAUUCAUUAUAUGAAUGGUUUCAUCCAUUAUUCCUAAAUGACAAGAAAAACAAUUGUUCCACUAAGUUAUUUGUUACACAAAAAGUUAUACCUGAGCUACGUGAUUUAGUGAUGAAAUAUCAUCCAGCCAUUAUUUGGGUUGACGGAGACUGGGAAGCAACAGACUGUUACUGGUCUUCAAAGGAAUUUCUAGCCUGGCUCUACAACGAGAGUCCAGUAAAAGACUUCGUGGUAGUGAAUGAUCGCUGGGGAAUUGACGUUCCGUGUCAUCAUGGUGAUUUUUAUACUUGCAAAGAUCAUUUCAAUCCUCGUGUUUUGCAGCAGCAUAAGUGGGAAAAUUGUUUGCCCAUUGAUAAGCGUUCAUGGGGUUAUAGACGUAAUGCACAAUUAUGCGAUUAUAAAAAUACUCAUGAGAUACUACAAGAAUUGGUUGAAACAGUUAGCUGUGGUGGAAAUCUUUUACUUAAUAUUGGACCUACAAAAGAUGGUAUGAUACCUGUCAAUAUGGAAGAGCGUCUUUAUGAUGUUGGAUCUUGGCUUGCUAUAAAUGGCGAAGCUAUCUAUUCCACAAAACCAUGGACAACACAGAAUGAUAGUUAUACAACAGGAGUCUGGUAUACAACCAGAGAUGAAAAAUCAAAUAAGUUUGUUUAUGCGAUUGUGUUUGAUUGGCCUAGAAAUGGGCUCUUGACAUUGGGAUCUCCUUUUUUAAAGGAUAAUUCCAUUAUUUUGAUGUUGGGCACAACGUCCACUUUAAAAUGGAAGGUAACUGAAGCAGGCAUCGAAGUGACCUUCCCUGAAAAAGCAUUGGCACUGAAGUGGAUGUGGUCAUUGAAAAUGAGCAAUGUUAAAGACAAACAUAUAUCCCGGUGUAGCUCAUAG